ACGGUCACAUUGACUGAGUGAACAACGAUUUGCAAAACGGUCGAACAGCUGAUGCAUAAAGUAAGUAUUGCAUUUUUACGAAACUGCAAUUAACAUGUCUUAUGGAGGAUACACCCAACUGCCCAGUGGCAGUACUGAGCACGAUCGUCGUCAACAGCAAGUGCUAGCGAACACCUACAAUGUCCUUCAGAGUACAAAUGAAAGCAUUGAGAGAUCCAAUCAAGUCGCACUUCAGACGGAAUCUGUGGGCGCUGAAAUACUUGGAGAACUGGGCGGACAAAGGGAAUCGCUGUUGCGCACUACCCGUAGACUUGAGGAUGCUGAUCAGGAGCUGUCCAAAUCGCGAGUCAUCAUACGCAAGCUACGUCAUGAAGUCCUAUACAAUAGAGUGGUUUUAAUCCUGAUAAUCAUUCUGGAAAUUGGCAUACUUGCUGGUCUUCUAGUUCUGAAAUUUGCCCACCUAUAAAGAGAAUUGGAUUCUAAAGUAUAUCUGUAUUCGGAGUUGGAUAUGGGGGCGUUUUUAUUAAGUGAUUUGUAUUUUGUAUCUAACAUCAAUGUUAAUCCCAUGCCUUAGACAUAUAGAGUGUUAAAUUAAGUUUACUAUAAAUCGUAAAAUAUAUAUCAAUAAAAACAGCUAAAAUGGUA